AUGGCACAUACACAUGGAGAAGACUUUCUGCUCGAGGGUGCUGAGUGUACGGGGAUUGAGACUUGGAUUGAGGACGACGUGCUCUGUGAGGCACAUGUUAAACUGGUGGUAUCACCGACGAGCAAAGUACUCGAGGUGGGUCAGCUUCCAUGUGCUUCGAAGUCUACAGACGAUGAUUCGAGCACUACGAGAAGGAGCGCCGGUAACGCGGCCGGAAUCAGCCCUACGAAAAGGAGUGAACCUUACGGCACGACUUCUCCCCCAGGCGUGAGCAAGCUGAGGCCAAGCACGAAAGUGAGAUAA